GCUAUGAAGGAGAAAGGAGACUCCGUCCAGUGCAUUGAGCUCUAUGACAUCUUCCCCCGGACCAUCAGUGGAGUCUGGCAGCAUUUCGUCUCUGUGGCGACACUGGGCAACCCGCUUCAGGACCAGGUGGUGCUCCAUGAAGAACAGGGCAACACAGUGCUGCAUCUGGACCUGGUCACCGGCGCUGUGAGGAGACUGGUCCUGUCUCAGGACAAACAGGAGGAACCACCACGCAAGACCUCAAACUGGUGGAGCAACAAAGAGAGUCAGCCAGCAUACAAAAUGUGCAAGGUGUUUACCCACAAGAACUGGCUUCUCUUCUACAAAGAAAACGGGUAGGUUACUGUCCCUUAAUCAUUUGUGU